UAAUUCAAGAUGGCUGCCCCCUGUGAGCUUUACUGUUGGGACGGAGAUUGGGGUUUACCUUCAGUCAAUACGGAGUGUUUGAUUGUAUUGGCAUAUGCCAAGUUUGCCGGAGCACCACUCAAGCUUCACAAGAACAAUUAUCCCUGGAGAAGUCCCACUGGCAGCCUGCCUGCCUUGAAGACCAGCCACAAUGGGAGUCUUUCAAGGCCCAAUGACAUCAUCAUCCAUCUCAGGAAGCAGAAAUACAAUGCAGACUAUGACUUGUCGGCCAGGGAGGAUGCAGACACCCUGGCCUUCAUCUCUCUCCUGGAAGAGAAACUUAUGCCUGCUCUGAUCUACUUUCUGUGGAUUGAUCCCAAGAAUUAUGCGGAGGUUACUCGUCGCUGGCACGCUGAUCACAUGCCCUUCCCCCUGAACUUCUUCCUGCCUGGUCGAAUGCAGCGGCAGCAGCUGGAGAGACUACGUCUCAUCAGGGGAGAAAAGGAACUGGAGGCGAGUGAGGAGACAGAAAAGGAGCUGUACCGUGAGGCUCUGGAGUGUUUGAAUCUUCUCUCUCAGCGUCUGGGAUCUAACAAGUUCUUCUUUGGCGACUCGCCUUCAUCUCUGGAUGCGUUUGUGUUUGGUCACCUGGCACCUCUCUUGAAGAUGAAACUGCCCAAAGCAAGGCUCCAGCAGCACCUCCAAUCACUCGACAAUCUGACCCACUUCUGCUCCAACAUCCUGCUUCUUUACUUCCCAGGCGAAGGGCGGGAGGGCUUCAGUCGCAAGGUGUCCUCCCAACCUGAAGGGGGCGAAGUUGACCACGUGCCCAACAAGAAGCGCAAGCAGUUGCUUUCUGUCCUAGUGGCUCUGGGUGCAAUGCUGAGCUAUGCACUCCUAUCAGGGAUUGUCUCCAUCCAACAUGUCCAGCAGGAGCCUCUGGAUGGCUUCACGACCCUCCGCUCACUGUCCCCCCUUGAAGGAGAUGAAGAGGAGGGCUGAUGAGAUGUAGAGAGAGGUCUACUUCCAGACCGGUCACCUGCCCGAUGGCUCCCAUUCAUUCCUGGGCAAGGAAUCUGUUUUGAAGUAGGCCUACUAUGAUGGCAGUUCUCAUCUUUCCAGAGAAGAAAGGUGUGGAUAACUAAAGAAUAUAACUCAAAAUAUGAUUAAAUGUGCACCUGGGGUCCAGCAUGCAAUAUACUUUCGCACUGGUGUUUAAAUGCAAUUUCUUAACAAUUUAAAACAGAAUUAUAAUUUCUGAAACAUACGGGGUAUAACAUUUGUUCCGGUGCUUGCUAUACGUUUUGCAUCACUUUAAAUGUAAUUUUAUCUUCUUUAAAUAACUUUGUUUACAUGCUGUUUUAUAUGGAUGUCUAUAUCAGAGAGAAUAGGUAUGUAAAUGAGAACAUCUGAUUGUUGUUGUUUUCGUAAAGCCUUGAGCCUUCAUAUAAUGGGAACUUGCCAAAAUUACCACUGUUUUGCAUUGAUUGUUUCGUUAAGUACAAGAUAGAACCUAAAAAUAAAAGAGAUAUAAGGAGGGAGAUGGGGGGUCUAUCCACCAUGGCAUAGCUGAUUUAGCCUUGAAAUUAACAUUAUUUCCAGCGGAAUAAGAUUGUCCUAAAAGCACCAGGCCUACGUGUCUCUUGAAAACUGGCCAUAUUCCCAUCAUUACAACACGUCAGUCUUCGUUCCAUAAACUUGGAAAAGGAGAAGAGCUUGUUAUUACUUUAAUGUUCCUACAUCUUUGCCUUCUGUGAAUGGUUCCGUGCUUCUAGGCAGACAUACGGUAGCAAAUUACCGUGAAACCUAUAAUUUACAUAGCAAAUAUGUGAUUGUCUUUGCGUUCUGUUAUAGAAUGAAAAAAGCUUACAUUUUGGCCACAUCUGAUGCUACCCUACGUCAAGCAUAAAUCUCCCAACAACGUUUUUUUUGUUGCUCCCCCGUGUACAGAAGUUGUGGCUGCCAAAAUGCUGAAGUAGGCUAUGUCAUGGCGUGUAUUUUUAAGGGAUUGUUUUUCUUAUGAAAAAUGAUUUAAUACCAAAACUUGCAUUUUACAUUUAAGAUGUUUUCUUUGAAUAAAUGAGUUACAUCUAA